UGCCGAGGGGGGAAAGGCAACACCAGCUAGAAAAAGUAUCCGUGAGUAAGCGGCGGGAGAGAGGGUGACACAAACCAGGGAAACCAGGGUUCAGUCUGUGUUUGCCCACCAGAGCCGCUGUACCAGUGACAACUGUCCAGGAGAUUAACCUGAGGAAUGUGAUUUUUGAUAUGUUGGAUUGUCAUCAUUAGCCAUCACGCGUGAUUAAUUGUGUGCAGUGGUGACUCGCGACUUAAUUAUCAUCAACUAUCCCCAAGGAUUUUGGUUUAUUGGUGCCAGUGUGAUUGUGACAAGAGUGAAUUCAUUAUUGACUUGGAGAUUGACAACUUGUGUUGAGUGACAAAUCAGUGAUAGAACGAAAGCAAUCGUCCUUUGAUGAUUGAUUAACCAAUGGUUCAGUGAAUGAGUGAUACCUCAAGUUCGAUUCGGUAAAUCAAACCAGGAAAUCUAGUCUUUCCUGGAGUCCCUGAUAAACAAGACUGUGAAUCAUUAUCAAGGUUUCCGAUGCCGCGUCACCGAUUCACUUCGCUGUCUCCAUCAUUCCGUUGGUGAUGGCAUGACAAUGAUCACUGCUGUUUAAAGCUACUAGAGGUGUUGCCGAUAAGUGGAUCACUUGAACCAUUGAUAAUUGAAGAUAAAUACGAGUGUGGAGGAGGUUAAGGGUGGUUACGCGGGUGCCACGUUCGGAUACACAAGUCGGCAGGCCGGCUCUGGGGUGCCGGGUCCGGGGGGUGUGAUGAGCUGCCCCGAGGUGAUGUAUCAAUACUAUCCUUACAUCUAUCAGAGGCCACCGCCGCCCCCGCAUCCCAGUCACCCUCAUGCUGCAUCACAUCCACAUGCACAUGCCAAUCCCCAUGCUGCUCAUCAUAGUCCCGCCAGACCAGCGCCUUUCCAACCGUUUUCGGCAACUGCUACGCAUCAAUACGACCGGUUAAAUGUACAUCAGAGAUCGUUGGAGGCUGCGGGUCUGGAGUUGUGCGCAGCAAGUGGAAGUGUACCACAGGGACAACCAAGUAGUGCGGGAUCCGUUGGUUCAGCACCAAGUCCUGCAUCGCCACGACCUACACCCCAACCUAGAGCACCUAUAACAAGUACUACCACCCAACCAUCGAGAACCCUCGAUGAUGACAGGUCGACUGAUGUAAUAAAAAUAACGACAAAAUUUCGUAACGAAAUAUGUCAAUCAGCUGUAGGUGCAGGGACGACAGCCGAGGAUUCGGACGAUGGUGAGAGUAGAGCCCAAUACGUUAGUGCCAAUUGCGUUGUCUUCACUCAUUACCGAGGUGACGCAGCGUCCGAGGUCGAGGAACACUUUCAACGUGCCUUGGCACACGAUAAAGUCAAAGAAAACAUCCCAAUGUCAACUAGAAACUUUCCGCCGUCCUUCUGGAACAGUCAACACCCCGGCGACGUUUACGAUUACGCAACGGACCCGUGGCACCCCCACUACCCCCAGUAUCAUCACAGAGCCGUCCAUGAAUAUCAUCAUCACAACAUGGCGGCAGCAGCGAGUUACGGUGGCCUGUUGUUAGGCGGCGCUCGAGGCCUCGGUCAUCACACCCCCCACCAUGCGCACGCAGCGGCGUCCUACAAGGACUGGACGUCAGCGACACCCUCGCAAUCCCUCGUCGACGCAUCGUCAGCACCCCCCUACCCCCAUGGCCCUUAUGCACCCAUCCCCGGUCUAGAUUCACAGGUACAGGAUUCCAAGGAUCUCUACUGGUUUUAGGAGGGAGACUCGAGAGGAUGAUUGUCAAGACUCUCAUCCGGAACUGAAACGAAUUUUUGUUAUUACGUUUGUCGAAGGGACCUAGCGAAUUGGUGAUUGUGUCCCUUUGUCGAGGAUGUGUACAUAGUGUUACCUAAUUAUUUUAAGGGAAAUUAGGUCUUCAGGGUGCGGUGAAUAUGGAACAUUUAGCGGUAGAUACCAAUUGCACACGCCAUUUCACAGAGAUUAAGGGGUACAUCAGGGGGGAUUGUCUGUGGAAUUCAAAAUUAUAUCCACCCAAAAUAUCUAAAGUUUAUUUUUAUUUUUGGGAAUUCCUUAUUACAUUCAUCCAAUUUCUUCAUUGCCCUGCAUUGAAUUUUUUAAAACAAAUCUUGUUUUGUAUAUUAAUUCUCAGUCUGGAUAAACUUUUGUUAUUGAAUUAUAUGAGAAAAUAUUUUAAAUUGAAGAAAAUAAUAUAUUUCCGAUUUCCGUAAAUUUUUCUAUUCAGACAACUCCUUCUCGAAGUAUAAUCUCUCUGCUGUGAAAAUCAUGGAUCUCUAGUUCAUCAGUAGUAGGUAUCGUUGUGACAACGAUUUUUUCAAAGAAAAAAAUGAUAUAUUUAUUGAAUAAAAUUCGUGCCAUAACGCCAUAUCCACACGAAUCGCAACAAAUGCUGUAUUGUAAUAUAUACGCUGUGGGAGAAUAUUUCCACUUGAAAAUUCACGAGUAAAUGAUAGGUAAAGUAACAAGAAACUUUUAUU